CCGAAAGUUCUGCAGAGGUGGCAAUUUCCGCCUCUUAAAGAACUAGUUCUGCGCUAGCUCUGAAUUAGCGCGAUUUACUGCAGGGUACAUACAUACAUAUGUAUGUAUUUUUGUAUGCACGCAUGAAAGUAAAGAGAACACUUUUAGGGUCAAGCCGUGUGAAAAACGUUUUGCAAAUAAGUGGCACACCGCACUACAGAACUUUCGGGAUCACUUUUGAUGAAUGCAUUGUUUGCGCACUACACCAACAAAAUACGCUUGUAUGCAUGUAUGUAUGUUCAUAUGUGCACAUAUUUGGGCCGUAAAUCGGAACUCCGUUGUAAUUGCUAAUACAGCUUUUUUCACUAUAUAACCAGUGACUCGUGUUAACAACAACAAUAGUCAACUCUUGCAGUUGUAGCGCUCAAAUUAAGUGUAAGAACUUAAAAAUAAACCAUAAAAUGCCUUGUCCAUGUGGAAGCGGUUGCAAAUGUCCCACUCAGCCAAAAAGCGGUAGUUGUGGUUGCGGCUCAGCUUGUAGGUGCUGUCCUUGUGGAAGUGAUUGCAAAUGUGGUUCACAGACGCAAAGUGGCAGCUGCGGUUGUGGUAGUGGUUGUAAAUGUGGCCAAUAAUUAUUGGUUUAUAAUCAAUUUUUCGGCUGAGUUGCGACAUUAGCUUUGAACGUCUUUCAAUAAUUUGCAUUAUAAUUCUUUCAAUAAACAAAUGAACGGAAAUAUUAUGCAAACGAAAUAAAACUUUUUUCUUUGUGUUAAGUUAUAUAUAUAUAAGUUUUAUGGAGGAAUGACUUUGACAGUGUGUGCAUAGGAGAAACCAGGCGAGAACGGGGUUUGAGGUUCCCCCUAAAAUUUUUGAAAGGCACACUGCAAAGCGAAACUCAAAACUUUUAGCAAUGCACAAUGGUCGGAAAUCUAAAAACUGGUCAAAGGUUUAAAAUCGAAAUUUAGAUUUUUAAAUUUUAUACAUCACUAGCUGUACCUUGCCACGCUUUGAUGUGGCAUAUUCCUGUUACCAACGCGUAGGGGCCUGUAAAUCUUCCGUAAGAUCU